AUGUCGACAAAAGGUGAUACUGCCGUUCUUGUUAGCACAGAGGAUGAUAGAUUUGAAGACGAAGCUGUCAUUCUUGGUGGCAAAGGCGACAGAUACCCGACAGAUUCUUCUCCGCCUACUUUGUUAGGUAAAGCAAUCAAUUUGUCUCAUCAUAUCACAGGUAAACUUCGAGGAGCUAUCAGCAGGACUACCUCCGAUUCCGUUGGAGAUCAACUAACCAAAUCUGAUGACGAUGAUGAUGAUGAAUUGACAGGCGAGGGUGUAGAAGUCGGUCGAGAAUCUUUUUGUCACCAGUGGGUCAUGCCCAGAGACGAGAAGGGGGAGAUUGUCAACAGGUCAGAAUUCGGUGGGUUAUUGCGUCCUGCUAAAUGCGGCAACAUGGUCAACUCGUGGAGAUCUGAGCAGUGUACAACUGAAGAAUGCUCUCAGAGAGAAGAGAACAGAUUGAAACAGACCCUAUAUACACUUCGAAGGGCUGAAGGUAGUGAUACUUUAUGUCUUCAUUGGCCAGCAGGUCGAUAG